UUUGUCCUGAUCUAAGUAACAAAAGGUGUAAGGUCCUGGAGAAGGAGAAGACAAGCCUUGAAAAUCCUCAGCAUUCCACUCUGGAAUUUAAUCUGGAAUUGUGCAGAGACAUAGUGGGGUAAUUGGCCAUUCCAAGUACCAAGAAUCCAAAAGAAUUGCAAUCUUUCUGAGCAUGUCAGAUGAAAUCCAGACAGAAGAAAUCAUUAAGGACAUUUUUAAGCAAGGCAAAGAGUGUUUCAUCCCACGUUACAAGCCUCACAGCAAUCACAUGGACAUGCUAAAGUUAUCAUCAGCUGAAGACAUUUCUUCACUUCCUUUGACAUCCUGGAAUAUUCAUCAGCCUAGUGAUGAUGACCAUGUAAGAGAGGAAGCUCUUUCUGGUGGGGGUCUUGACCUUAUCUUCAUGCCAGGCCUUGGGUUUGACAAAAAAGGCAACAGAUUGGGAAGAGGGAAAGGAUAUUACGAUACCUAUCUUGAAAGGUGUAUGAAACAUCCCAGUGGAAAGCCUUACACAAUUGCCUUGGCUUUUAGAGAACAGAUUUGUGAAUCAGUGCCUGUGGCAGAAAAUGAUGUCCAAAUAGAUGAAAUCCUGUAUGAAGACUGCUAAAGGUAUCUCGAUACCACCUGCAGAGUGACCAGCUGAAGACUUCAGAUCCAAUCACAACUUUUAAAAGUCAUAUAUGAUUUUGGGAGCAAUGAAAUAAUUAUUUUUGUUUGAACGAAAGACAAUAACUGUGGUCAUGGUAAUUGAGGACUGCACGGAUUUGCUUCUGAUUGGAGAAUAUCUGGUGUGAAUUCUUGUUCUAGAAUAAAUAGAAACAAGGGUG